CGAUUCUUUUUUUGUUAUUAAAUGCGCCAAAUCCUUCAACCCUUCCUUCCCUCCAUAUCUGCUCUCACGCCAUGAGCGGUUUGGUCGUUGCCUUCCGCUCAUGCUCAUGCUCACCCUCAGCUCCGAGGUCUCCGCUUGUUUCUUCUCCGCGGAUUUCUCAGGCUCGCCUUCUCCUGGAGCUAUGGCCGUCGCGGAGGGCCAACUUCAACCGGAAUUGCUUAGUUUGGAGGAUUAGUAGCCGGAGAGCUCGGGCGGAUGUUGAUUCGGAAGUGGCGGAGUUGCCGCAGAAGUCUGUGCGGUUUGAAGAAGUCUAUUUGACGGAUGACGAUGGCGGAGGAGAAGACGCCGCUGCGAUCCCGUGGUGGGAGCAGUUUCCGAAGCGUUGGGUGAUUGUUCUUCUGUGCUUUUCGGCUUUCCUGCUAUGCAAUAUGGACAGAGUAAACAUGAGCAUUGCAAUUCUACCAAUGUCAUCAGAGUUCCACUGGUCACCAACAACUGUGGGUUUAAUUCAAUCUUCAUUUUUCUGGGGUUAUCUUCUUACUCAGGUUGCAGGAGGUAUAUGGGCAGACACAGUUGGUGGCAAGUUUGUUCUGGGAUUUGGUGUUGUUUGGUGGUCGAUUGCAACAGUACUCACUCCUAUUGCUGCAAAAGUUGGCUUGCCUUUUUUACUUGUGGUUCGAGCUUUCAUGGGUGUUGGUGAGGGAGUGGCAAUGCCUGCAAUGAAUAAUAUACUGUCGAAAUGGGUUCCUGUAUCAGAGAGAAGUAGAUCACUGGCACUGGUAUACAGUGGGAUGUACCUUGGAUCUGUAACCGGUCUGGCAUUUUCACCUAUGCUGAUCCAUAAAUUUGGGUGGCCUUCUGUUUUUUAUUCAUUUGGUUCAUUGGGCACGGUUUGGAUCAUGACGUGGAUCAACAAGGCACAAAGUUCUCCCCUUGAGGAUCCUCAGCUAUUGCCUAGCGAAAAGAAGCUGAUUCUUCAUAGCUGCUCGUCAAAAGAACCUGUUAAAUCAAUACCGUGGAGAUUAAUAUUGUCAAAACCACCAGUGUGGGCUCUGAUAAUUUCUCAUUUCUGCCACAACUGGGGGACAUUUAUCCUUCUUACUUGGAUGCCAACAUAUUACCACCAGGUGUUGAAGUUCAAUCUUACGGAAUCAGGACUUUUUUCUGUCUUCCCAUGGCUUACUAUGGCCUUUUCUGCCAAUUUGGGUGGCUGGAUUGCUGAUACCCUUGUGAGUAAAGGCGUACCUGUGACCACAGUUAGAAAGCUAAUGCAAACGGUAGGAUUUUUGGGCCCUGCUUUCUUCUUAACUCAGUUGAGCCAUAUCAAUUCUCCCACCAUGGCAGUUUUGUGCAUGGCAUGCAGUCAGGGAACUGAUGCCUUUUCACAGUCAGGAUUAUAUUCAAAUCAUCAAGAUAUUGCUCCUCGAUAUUCUGGUGUACUUCUUGGUCUAUCUAACACUGCUGGAGUGUUGGCUGGUGUUUUUGGUACUGCAGCAACUGGUUAUAUACUACAACAUGGGUCUUGGGACAAUGUGUUCGAAGUUUCGGUGGGUCUCUACCUGGUUGGCACCGUUGUCUUUAAUCUUUUCUCGACCGGUGAGAAAAUAUUGGAUUGAGAUCGGAUACAGAGACUUAUUACAUGUCUUUAAAAAGCCUCUCAAGAUACAGAGAUUCAUCUCAUUGAUAUUCACACAACUGGAUAAAGUAGCUCUGGUAAAUCCGUUCGCUGGAGGCUCGUUUGUUAGGUGAGCUGAAUUUUUUCGAGAGACCAGUGGGCUGAGGGUCGGUGAAAUCUCUGGCCGAUGAACUGAUUGAAAGGUGAAUGCAUGUCAUCCAGAAGACUAUUUCAGUAUAGGUACACAUCUUCAAGGUAUAUAUAUAUAUACUUUGUAUAUAUUUCUAUUCUUUUCAUUGGAAAUUUUUAUUUCUUGAAACCUUUUGGUGGAAGACACAAUUUAAGUCACAAUGUAAUUCUCUGUUACAAUAGAUAAUCCCAUCAAAUUAUUCACUUCAGUUUCUCAAAAAUCUUUCAUUUGUUUGGUUAGCUUAUAUGAGAUGGAGAUGAUUGGGUUUCGGACCACUUCUUUUA